AUGACUUCUUUUCGUGUUCUGGCCAUGAGCCUUGCGGUCGCUAGCUUUGUCUCGGCCAAUGAGCUUCAAACAGUGAUAGACUUUGGACCGGUCUAUAAUACGUCGUUGAAGAUGCAAAUCUAUGUUCCCGAGACUCUUGCAUCUAGUCCACCCAUCGUUCUUGCCCUUCACGGCUGCUUUGGGAGCGGCGACCAAUACUUUGCGCAGGCUGGAUAUGACACAUACGCCGAGUCUCUGGGUGCUCUCCUUAUUUUUCCGACAUCCCAAAAGGAUUCCAAUUGCUGGGAUGUCUCAAGCGAUACGGUGCUUUCCCAUGACAAACACGCGGACAAUGAGGUCCUCGUCAACAUGAUCAACUAUACCAUCAAGACGUACAACGCUGACCCGUCUCGCGUCUUCGUCACUGGCACUAGCAGCGGCUGCAUGAUGACGAAUGUUCUCUGUGCCACUUAUCCGGAAGUUUUUGCUGCUGCUACAUGCUACUCCGGCGUUGCUGCUGGCUGUUUUGCUGGCUCGCCUGGUUCCAGUCCAAUCAGCUCCAACCGAUCCUGCGCGAACGGCGACGUUCAAAAGACGGGUGAAGAGUGGGCAGCUCAGGUUCAUGCUAUGUAUCCUAGUUACUCUGGCGACUAUCCCAGCUUGAAAACUUGGCACGGCACUGCCGAUAGCCUUGUUUUCUACCAGAACCUCAAGGAACAGAUCAAGCUAUGGACUACUAUUAAUGGGCUGGAUUUCUCGUAUAAUGAGACUUCAACACCACAGGCCGAUUACACAACUAUGGUAUUUGGUGAUGGAACAAAAUUUGAGGCAGUUUCCGCUGUAGGCGUUGGCCACACUGUACCCAUUCAUCAGGAGUUGGAUUUCAAGUGGUUCGGUCUUCUAUGA